AUGGACGGCAUCGAGGCAAAGCAGAAGCAGCUGACGAGCAUCCUGAAAAGCUCCGCCGCCGCCCAGGCCGCGGGCGCGCGAUCCCCCGCCCAGGCCGCAGAAAUCGCCCUCGCGCACGCCAAGCUGCUCCAGCACCGCAAAGACCUCGAGAGCGACAUCCUCGACAGCCUCAUCCUGCUGUCCGAGUACCCCCUCGUCAGGCACCCGGCGUGCACGGCCGCCCGCCCCGCGCAGAGCGACGCGUCGGGCUUCAAGACCCACGUGCGCCUUUUCCAGCCCUCGGACUACGACGACCUGGUCCAGGAGCGCAACGUCAACGGGCUGUGCGGGUACUCGCUGUGCGCGCGGCCGCGGCGCCAAGUCGGCCGCGGCGGCGGCGGCGGCGGCGGGAAAUGGAAGCUCAUGGGGAGCGGCGACAUUGUCAGGCGCGAGGACCUCGAGAAGUGGUGCUCCGCGGCGUGCGCGAGGCGGGCCCUGUUCGUCAAGGUGCAGCUGAACGAGACGGCGGCCUGGGAGAGAGCGGGCAUCCCGGACAUCCAGAUCGACUUGCUGGACGAGCAGCGACCCGCGGAGACGGAGCCCGACCGCGCGGCCCGCGAGCUGUCGUCCCAAAGGCUGGACGAGCGGCGUCGUCUUGCCGCGGCCGAUGCCGAGACCCUGGCUUUGGAACGGGGCGAACGUCGUGUCGCGGAGCGCGCAGAAAAGGUUCAGGUCGUCCUCAGGGAGAAGGCGACGAAGCCCCCAAGACCGGAAGACGCGUCGACUUGGUCAGACGACGACUAUUUACAGAUUGAGGGUCGUGGCUUUAGUCUGCCCGAGAGGCCGAGGCCAAGAUCGUGA